CGAUUUAGUCGAUUUCGUGACCACCUGAAGGAGCAGACGUGAACUAUUUCAUUGUCGUCCGUGGCGCGUUUGAAUUCUUAUUAAGUUAAAGUUCUUUUUCUAACCACAAAUGUAUUGGUCCACCAAGUGGACAUUCUGACAAUCGACUUAAAAAAAAUAAAUUAUAAUUAAAUUUAAAUUUAAAAAAUAAACCAACUGUGAUUUCAAUAAAGCAAAAUAAAAUUAAGUUUUAAUUGUAAGAAUUCCAUUAAUUAACUGUGAAAAAAAUAAAAUAAUAAAAAUGGGUUGCGCCAGCAGUACCCCUAUGAUAGCCUCAGCUGGCAGUGAUAUGUUGAAAGCAGCGACACAUGCCGCCUCCGAUGCAGCCAAGGGAGCUGAGCAUGCAGUGGAAGAGGUAAGCGAAACCGUGGGCAAAACACUGGAGAACGCCAAGGAGACGGUUGGUACCGCAGUCACUGGUAUCGCACACGAUCUGGGCAAUGUCUUCACCGAGAAGUCAGGCGAAUUGGACACAGCGAAAAAUCAACUCUUGGAUCGACUGCAUUUGGGUGGUGCCACCAAGGCUCUGGAGCACACCAGUGAGUCGACGGCAAAUCAUUUGGACGCGACAGCUUUGGAGAUGGCAGCACGCGCACCCACACCGCCGCCCGAUUUGGAUAGUUUGAAGACCACAACACCCGAACCAGAAAUAGAACGUGCAUUGGCCAAUUCGCACGAGGAUAUGCCGCCAACACCGAAACCGACAAUCGCCGAGCUGGAAAAGUUAACAGCGGAAGUGAAGCAGACGACACAGACAACAACUGCGUCAGUGGCGGCCGUCACCAAUGGCGUUGCCGAUGUCAAAGAUAUGACGGCGGAGGUGCCAAGUGAAACGACUGCGGCCACUGAACCGGCCGUGGACUUGGUUGCCUUGUUGGCGGCGGAGAAACGACCUGGUACCACCGAGUGGGAGAAACAUGCCGAUCACCUGUCGAAGACACGCAAAAUGAAUGAAUUUAAAGGUGGCGGAAAAUUUCGACGCUUCGGACCACCAACACAACCGGCGAACUAUCAGAAACCCAUUGAAAAUUUGAGGCGUACGCUGCUCGAAGAUGAUAGUUGUUACAGUGAUGCUUAUUAUAAUAGUCACAGCAGUCCGUCUCAUUCGACGGCGUCGGAUAGUCCGCGUUUACGACGAGCUCGUCUCCCCAUGAAUGGCGUACUUGCUGCGAAUGCUAAACGUAUGCAGCGGGAAUUCGCUACCUUCGUAAGUAAUCGACGUAAUGUAACUAGUGCGUUACGUUCCCUAACGGUUUCACCGGCUGUUGGUCGUCAUUUUGACUAUAAUCCGCAACGUCCACGCAUCAGUUCGCCAACACCUUCGGUUAUCGGUUAUACGCGUUCUGGCUACUCGACGCCUGUUAUUAUGAAUCCUGAACUACUGCCCACUCCACGCACUGGCGGUUGGAAAAGAAAUGCUGCGAGUUCGCGUUUGCGUUCGCCUCCAUCACAUAUUGGUAGAGUGCCACCGCGUGCCAUUGCUCCACUAGAUCCACAGGUGACGGCUAAUGUCAUCGCACAAUCGAAGCUUAAAUCGACGAAAGCCUUUGCGUCACUGAGAGGCGAUACGAAUGGACGAUCAAGAAUAUUUGGACAGACACGCUCUGGGUCACCCAUAAAUAGAAGAGUAUUCGCCAAAAGAUCAAGUUCGCCUCCUGCGAGUAAGGGUCGCAUACUCUAUGCUAGGUCCAGUUCACCGGAAAGAAUAAGAGCGCUUAUACAGGAUAAGGUGGAGAGGAAAAAUAAAAUAAAACCACUCGCGGAAGCACCAACUAAAAUCAGACUAGAACGCGAGGCUAGUAUAAAGGAGAGUAAAGAGGCUAAUAAGGAAGAGUUGCCUACAAAUGGAUUUUCAUUAGCGAAGGCUCUAUCGCCUAUUAAAAUAGCCGCAGAGUCGCAUUCAUUACCGCAUUUGCAAAAUGAAGGAAAGAAAACAAUAUUCGUUGCACACUCGCUGAUAGAGGUUGUUGAGCAAGCUGUUGAUCGUGCAAAAAAAGGUGAAGAUGCGUCAGAAGCGGAUAUGAAGCAAAAUGCACAAGACGCAGAACCUUUAAAAGACAAGAAAGAGGCAUCUGUGAAGCACGAAAUGCAGAAAGAUACACCAGAAAAGGCAGAAAAGAUUGAACAGAAAAACAACGGAAAGAAUAAUGUAAACAAUAGGAGUGUAGAUAUCAAGAAAGGCAAAGACGUUAAAAUUGUAAAAUCACCGAACAAUGAUGCUGUUAAGAGAGGAAACAAAUCCAAUAAUUGGAUUGCAAAUAAGGACACUUCGAACUCCAAUACCAGCUCUAGCAGUAGUAAGAACACGGACCCCAGUCCUAUGCGACGAAACUCCAAAAGUGGUUCAACAACCGUCGAAAGUAAGGAAAACAAAAAUACAAACAGGCAGACAACUCAGUCCUCUCCCUCCAAAGUGAAGAGUGAUAGUUCACAAGAUAAUGAAAAUAUUACCCAAAAAGAAAAUUAUGCUAUCCGAGGUCGUUUCAGCAUGAGUCCAAACAAAAAGCAUAUACCUACCUCUGCUCAAAAUGAGAAGAGACAUAAUAUGUGGGCAAGUACCAGCCCCGGACGCAAAGAACUAUCAAGCAGUCGAGAGCUAGAAAAAAAUUUGAGCACAAAAGGAGCUUCCACUCAAAAUCUUGGAAAAGUGGGUAGUUUGAGUCCAAAUCCAAAACAAGGAGAAAAACAGGAAAAUGGGUUUCAAGGAAAUCGUUCUCCCAUGAAUAAUUCAGUGAGGAUGAACAGUUCACGUGGAAAUCUAAUGAGUCAAGAGUCAAAACCAGCCAUCAAUAAUGACAGACAAUCCAACAAAAAUAAUUGGAAUAGUUCAAGCAGAAGAAAUAGUAAAGUUGAUUAUACAAAUAUUAGUAACAGAUUUGAGAGCAAUGCGCGUCUGAGUGAUCCUCGGAAGGAAAAAAGUCCCAGCCCUAGCAAGUAUAAUAAUUCGAGCCCCUAUCGUGAGAAAAAGGUCCCAAAAGAAGUGGAGCAACAAUAUUAUAGUCCAAAAAUAAAUAGAAAGGUGAAAAAUUUAACAAACAAUAGCAAUGGUUCUAUUCGAGGAACUCAAAAUAACUUUAGUGGUGCCAACAACAGACACCAAGGUGAACAGAGUUCUCAUCGUUCUACUGAAAUUUUAAAGAAUCUUGAAAAUACAAAACCUCUCUCCAAAGUUAUAAAUAGCCCACAACGGGAAACACACUCAAACACACCUAGAACCAGUAAGAACAGUUCAUCCACCAACUCGGCAUUGAGCCGUGAGCAGAACAAUAAUGAGUAUAAUGUAGAACAUUUAGCAAAGAAUACACAAGAUCUAAAAGAAACUCUUAAAACGAAUGACAAUCUCAGCAACAAUAAUACGAAUAAUGAAGAAAAUAUACAAAACAAUAAAACUCCAACCCACCAAACUAAAGACAGUCCUAUAAAACAAGUAACGGAUACCAUAACGUACUCUCCAAGCCAUAACUCACAUACUAGUUCGCCAUCGAAAUCAUCCAAGUCUUCCAGCAGCAUUGUCAUACGCACAAAUCUCUCUACACCCGAAACCGAAGACUACGAUGAGGAGGCAAUAAACCACGAAUUAUCGCAAGAACUCGAACAACUUAAACAUUACGACGAUGAAACAAUAGCUGAACGGAGCUUCUCGCAACAACCAAGUAUAGAGGAAGAUUCACCAACCGAUUUAGAAGAAUAUUCACGCACCGAUCAUGAGGAGAGUUCUCGUACCGAUUACGAAGAAGCGCCACACAUCGACGCAGACAUGAGCUCACACACAGAUGCCGAUAUGUACUCAGCCGCCUCGACAAGUUUGGAAGAUCUAAUUAAUACCCUCCCGCCACAAACUGCCUACCUCAAUUUGGGUCGUAGCGCCACAACGAUGUCGCUAAAACCCAAAACAUCAAUACUCAAGCCUCCAUCAUCAUCAUCACUUUUCCACAGCCCAUCACAUAGUUCAUCAUCUUACCGACGGCACUCGUCAUCGUACGAAAGUGAUCAAUUGGAGAAAGUGCUCUUCAUAGGCGAACUUAGCUCGGUGGCGCGUAGUCGGUCAGCGCGUGUACCGAGUCCAUAUAAAAUCGUCGAUCGCUGUGAUGUCUGCUACAAUAAAUAUGUGAUAAAGUAGCUAAAUUGCCAUAAAAAUCUUAGCAUGAAUGUAGAGAGGUUUUUAGUAAAUAAAAAAUGGUGUUCAUUUUUAAAUUCGAUCAGAAUAAAAAGUGUUUAAUGGGAUUGUUUACGA